AUGGCUGUGUCACUGGCUUCAGCGGUUAUACAACUUGUCAACUUUGCGAGGAAAGUGAUCCAAAAGGACAAGGUGGGCAAAGUAUACAAAUCCACCAGCACCACCCUAGGAGAGGCUACACUGCUCGAUGACGCCAUCGCUAAUCUCGGCAACUUAUCACAACAACUUGAGAAGGCACGACGCGCAUACUACAAGUCUCAUAUAUCCCCUGAUCAGGAAACUGCAGAUGCGCGUCUGAAUGCAUUGGCGAAAGAUGGCGGGGGAGUGGCGAAGAUCUUACAGGCCACACUGGACCAAGCGAAGCGCGACAAUGCCGUGGACAAGGAGACGGUACUUGCACAAGGACUACGCAGCAUUCUGAACUUGUACUACAGUCAGAAGACGAUAUGUGAUCUUGCGGAUAAACUUGGCUCUAUUCGUAAGCAAUCAAUCGCGCAUCACGAUUGGAAGACUACGGAGACGGUUGAUGUCUCGGCGUUUUCAGAUACAUUCGAGACUUCCGUCGUAAGCAAUGAUAUCGAACGCCGUUUCGCCAGCUUGAUGUUGGCGCGGUUGCAUUUCACUGGCAUGCACGAUCGACACAAGGCGAUUCCUAUUGCGCACCCAGGAACCUCGCAAUGGAUAUUCGAUGCGAGUCCCGAACAGCUCGCCCCUGAUGACUUCGACUCCUUUCCUCGGUGGCUCACCGCAGCAAGUUGUAGUAACACAUAUUGGAUCAGUGGCAAGUCGGGUACUGGGAAGAGUACGCUGAUGAAAUUCGUGUCUAGUCACCGUUGCACCACCGCUCAUCUACGCGCCUCGGCCAAAGGAAAGACACUCGUCAAAGGGAGCUUUUUCUUCUCAAGUCUGGGCAAUGACAUGCAAAGAUCGCGUAUGGGGCUUCUGCAAACCUUGCUUCACUCUGCGCUCAAAGGCGACACGGAGACGCUGAUCCAAGUCUUUGAUCGUCGCUGGCAACAAUUCCUUGCUUCGGGUGGAGGUAGACAUCCUUUCACUUGGCUUGAGUUGCGUCAGGCCUUCAUAACAAUGAUGUCCACGACUAGCGAAUCAAGAUUGUUUUUCUUCGCAAUCGAUGGCCUAGACGAAGUCGAAGGUGGCUUGAAAGAAAUUAUUCAAUUGAUCAAAGACAUAGCCAGAUAUCAACAUGUCAAGGUUUGCGUUGCCAGCCGGUCGUCGCCAGAGCUUCUUCGCGCAUUAGUAGGCAAGCCUUGUCUACGUCUUGAGCGUCUGAAUCGCCAGGAUAUUUUUAACUACGUCACGGCCUUAUUGGCAAAGUCGCAAGCAUACGUCAAGCUCAGCAGAACGGACCACGGUCGCGCUACUGAAUUGGUCAAAGGUAUAGCUAAGAAGGCAGCCGGCGUCUUUCUCUGGGCACACAUCGUGGUGCAACUAUUACUUGAUGAUCUGCCACCUACGGCCCGCAUGGUCAGUCUUGUCGCUCGGCUCGAGACAAUACCAUCUGGACUAGAGCAACUAUUCACUAAGCUUCUCGGACGUCUGAAUACGGAACACCUGAAGCACGUGUCGGAACUCCUCCGUCUGAUGACGAUAAAACCACGGCCUCUUCUGCUCGAGCUAUGGUUUGCGGACGGCAACAACGAUGACGCAGCAUUGAGGAACGAGGCUCGACCGCUGUCAGACAAUGACAUAUCCGAGCGUCUCGAAAUGAUGAAUCAUCGACUAAUUUCCCGAUGCAGAGGAUUUCUGGAGACAGAGAGCCAGCAUGGAAGUGCAAGCUCUGGACUAUCGAAGACGUCUCACGUUACCUGGACACACCGCAUUGCGAAAGACUUUGUCCGAUCUCAACGAAUAUGGAACAUCAUACUCGACAACACCGGGCAUGAUGCUUUCGAUCCUGAAUGGCACUGGGCCAACGGUCAACUAGGUCUAUUCAAGACUUUCGCCGGGACCACCAGUACCAAGACCUCUCACUUCCUAUCUUGCGUCGAGUACGCACUGCGAUUAGAACAGCGGCUCAAUAUCUGCCCCGUCAAGUUCCUAGAUGAAGUCGGCCGUACCGCAACGAUAUACGCGACUGUAUACGACGACAUCGUGCCUCGGAAACUCAAAGGCACUAUCAACAGCUUUCUAGAGUUCGCUGUGCUGUUCAAUCUCGUAAGCUACGUUCGUGGCAGGGGCCUAACGCUAUUGAGAGAGGAGCUACUACAUGCUUCUCGCUUGCUAGGCGUGCUGGAUGCAAAGAAGUGGGAAGGGUUCGUAAAGCGUUUUGACCACCCUGGAAUCUGGAGUACGGGGUUUGAAGAAAGAAGAAAGGACAUGCAACAGGUGAUUGACAGCCUGUUAGACCGCGGAGGCGGUGAGUCAAGAUGGCAAAGAGCGAGGAAGAGACUAUCUGGGCAGAAGAAGACAUGA